AUGAGUCAAAAGUGGUUUACGUUUGCCAACCUGUGUCUCGCUGCGACGCUUCUCCGAGUUGUACUCUUGUUGUAUGGUGAAUGGCAGGACGCCAAUCUGACAGUCAAAUACACCGACAUUGACUAUGUUGUCUUUACCGAUGCGGCGCGACAUGUUACUCAAGGAGACUCACCUUAUGCUCGUGCGACGUAUCGAUACACACCACUCCUUGCGAUAUUGCUUACACCCAACAUUUUCCUGUUCUAUUCAUUUGGCAAGUGUCUGUUUGCAUUGGCAGACUUGUUAGUGGGAUAUCUUAUUCAUCAAAUAUUGAUAUUGCGUGGCAUGUCAUCCAAGCGAGCCUUGUGGUUAGACGCCUUAUGGUUAUUGAAUCCAAUGGUUGCCAACAUUUCAACACGUGGAAACGCUGAAUCAUUACUUGGUUGCAUGGUGCUUGGGACAUUGUAUCUUUUCAUGACUCGUCGCUUCUAUCCUGCAUGUGCCAUCUUUGGUCUCGCUGUUCAUUUCAAGAUCUAUCCUGUCAUUUACGCUGUGCCUCUACUCUUUUUACUCGACAAUCGCUAUGGUGAUCCAGUUGAAUUUCCUCGCAUGAUUUGGUCCUACCAGCAGUAUCGUCUUUAUAUCCUACAACGCUAUUUCUAUCAUGAUGGGGAAUUGACAAAUGAUACGGAUUACGCAGACGGUUAUCAACCACAUCUUCCAGUAUCACCUACAAGGCCAGCUGCUCCUUCGACUAUUCCAAAAGAACGAUCCACGUGGCCAGAACGUCUCACAUCUUGCUCUCGUGCUACUUUACGUCAAUGCAUACUCUUCCUUACACCUUCACGUAUCAUGUUUGGUGCCGUGAGCGCACUCGUCUUUUUUGGAUUGACUUGGUGCAUGUAUCAACUAUACGGUGACGAGUUUUUGCAACACACCUACUUUUAUCACGUCACUCGCAAAGAUCAUCGACACAACUUUUCGCUUUGGUUUUAUGAAAUGUACCUGGCAUUUGACGCUCCUGUGGCAGGCAAGGUGAUCGGCUUAUUGGCAUUUCUACCGCAAAUGGCUUUGGUCGCGAUAACAGGCAUUGCAUUCGCCAAGGAUAUCUUUUUCGCUUGUUUCAUUCAAACUUUCCUCUUUGUCACCUUUAAUAAGGUCUGCACAUCUCAAUAUUUCAUGUGGUACAUUUGUCUCCUUCCGUUGAUCUUGCCAUCCACCGGUCUUCGUUUCAAAUGGAAAGGUUUGAUGCUUGUCAUCGCCUGGGCAGCAAGUCAGGGCGUAUGGCUUCAUUUUGGAUACAAGCUUGAAUUUCUUGGUCAAAACACCUUUUCUUCACUUUGGGCUGCAAGCAUUCUCUUUUUCAUUGCCAAUUGUUGGAUCGCCGUAGAACUCAUUCUUCACCAUCGAUUUGAAUAUCUGUACAGUACUUCUGGGCGUAUUCGUUGGGUUUGGGGAAUGGGUGAUCCAGGUUCCAAUAGACAAGUUAUCAGAUAA